AUGUCCGACAGGGUAACGACUUCACCGAAAAUAUUCACUGCCACUCUCGAUGACACAAUGCUAAAGCUGAAAUGGGACGACAUGAGAGUGAAAGUUGAUGGUCGGCAACUACAUCAUCUGCGCUUUGAUGAUGACAUCGUACUUAGAACAUCUAGCAUCAAUCAAGCAGAACGAAUGCUGGCCGAAUUCGAAGAAACAUGUGGAAGCAUCGACCUUCAGCUGACUCUGAAGAGUCUGAGAAACAUGCAAGUUUCAGAUGCCUCUUUAACGCUCAACAGAACCAAAAUAACCGAAUGCAACAGGUAUCUGUGCCCGAAAAUGAACAUGAAGGAGUGCUUGACCCUCGACUUGAGAGAGAGAAAGCGAGCGGCUUGGGUAACGCAUAAGACCAUCGGGUGCAAUGAAGAAGACCAGGAACACCCGGCUUCAAUCCCACCUUCUAGCACCUGCUUUGACCUAUACUUCAGAAACCUGGACACAUUGCAAGCAAGAAGAAAUUUUGGUGAGCGUCAUUGCACGCUCGAUCGAAGCUAG